AUGUACUUAAUAAUUGUCUUUGAUCUUGAUGGAAAAAUCUAAGGUAGAGCCAUUGUCAUCCUUCAGUAUUGGAUUGACACAAUUAGAGGAGGAGAAAAGGAAUGUCACUGCUUCAUCAUCCGGUGGUGAUAAAAAUCAGCAGCAGAAAACGGGAGAGGCAAAAGGAAAGAAAAAGAAGCAGCAAAGAAACAGUGGUAAAAAGAAGCAUGAAAAAAAGAAGCAUAAGAAAAAUGGUGACAAAAGAAUUGCUUCUACAUCUCUUGGUCGUAAAAAGAAACAACAGACUAAGACACAAGAUUCUGACGAAGGAAGUUCGGAUGAUGAAAAUGAAGAAAGUGGUAAGAAAGAUUGUCGUGGUGGUGAAAAUGCGAAGCAAAAUAAGGCGAAGAAAGAUUCUGAUGCCGAUCAAAGACUGAGGCACAAGAUGAGCAUACCUAAGGUCUAUGAGCUUAUGCCUUCAGUACAUGGCAAAAGAAGAAAAAACGAGAUAGUUGAGCAACUGAAUGACUGUGGCUUUGGAGGAAUGUUGCAUAUCUGCAACUGUACAAAAAUACACAUUUUCUUUGUGGAUUUGGUUGUUAGAAACUUUGAGAAAGAGCAUAUGUGGAUUAGAUUAAGCAAGACAAUGUACUUUCAUUGACAG